CCGUCACCACCAAGAAAUUCAAAAAUUUCUGAGUGUCUUUGUCACUUUCGCUUCAGCAUUCUUCAGUAAAUGUAAAGUGAAAGUGAAGAUAAAAUCACAGCCGUUCAAAUUUAAAGGCUUCUCAGACCAAGUCUUCGGCAUUUCGUCAUCAAUAUUCAAUUUUCUCUGUGUAUAGACACAUCAUACAUUGCCGGUGAAAGAGGGUUUUUGUUUUCAUUUCCAGAUUAUUACUAUAUUAUUUUAAUUCUGACCGGAGAAGAAUGAACCCGGUGGGGCGGCAGAGGUCCGAAGCGCCGGCGGCGCACCAUCAGCGGCAGCACUCCGACAAUUUUCUGGAAACUUCGUCGAACGGCCGGUGGCUGCAAUCGGCUGGUCUGCAGUACUUACAGUCAUCAAACAAUGCGGCUCCUCCAGUUCAGGAUUUAGGGUGCUAUAAUGGAGGGGGUCAGGGUACAAGUAUGUAUAGGAGUUUGCAGGGACAGAGAAGUUAUAGUGGCAGUGACUUGUUCGCGGAGCCAUUAACGCCGCCUGGGAAUCCAGGAAGGAAGACCGUGGAGGAGCAAGCUUCGCCAAACGAGUAUAGCCCGGGUCUUUUGGAUUUGAAUUCUUUUGAUACGGAGCUUCUAUCUACGGUGUCAGUUCCCGGACUAUAUGAUGGCCCUUCAGUUAAUCUUUUUGCACGGGGCCGAAGCUUUGACGACUCCGACCCAUACGUUGGAAACUAUAAACAAGCUGGCAGAACCUGUGUGUUGCCUGAUGGCAAUGUUCUGAAAAGUAUAGCAGCUGAUAAUGUGAAGGCCAGCACUGUGGCAAAGAUCAAAGUAGUGGUACGUAAAAGACCUUUAAACAAAAAAGAGUUGGCGAAGAAUGAAGAAGAUAUUAUAGAAACCUAUUCCAACUCCCUCGUGGUCCAUGAGACAAAACUUAAGGUUGACCUGACAGAAUAUGAGGAAAAGCAUGAAUUUGUUUUCGAUGCUGUAUUGAACGAAGAAAUUUCAAACGAUGAGGUGUAUCGUGAAACUGUUGAGCCUAUUGUUCCAAUAAUUUUCCAACGUACAAAAGCCACCUGCUUUGCUUAUGGCCAAACAGGUAGUGGCAAAACUUACACCAUGAAACCACUGCCCCUUAAAGCAGUAAGGGAUAUAUUAAGGCUCAUGCACCACACUUACAGGAACCAAGGAUUUCAGUUGUUUGUCAGUUUCUUUGAGAUAUAUGGAGGAAAGCUUUUUGAUCUGCUGGGUGAUAGGAAAAAACUGUGCAUGAGAGAGGAUGGGAAACAACAAGUUUGUAUUGUGGGCUUGCAAGAGUACAGAGUGUCAGAUGUGGAGAUAGUUAAGGAUCUUAUUGAGAAAGGAAAUGCAACAAGAAGUACAGGCACCACAGGUGCAAAUGAGGAAUCAUCGCGAUCUCAUGCCAUUCUUCAGCUUACAAUUAAGAGGUCAGCUGAUGGAUCUGAAACUAAACUUGCCCGAGUUGUUGGCAAGCUCUCCUUCAUAGACCUUGCUGGAAGCGAGCGUGGUGCAGAUACUACUGACAAUGACAAGCAGACAAGAAUGGAAGGAGCUGAGAUUAAUAAAAGUUUGCUUGCACUGAAGGAGUGUAUUAGAGCACUUGACAAUGACCAAGGACACAUUCCAUUUAGAGGCAGUAAAUUAACCGAAGUUUUGAGGGAUUCUUUCGUUGGUAAUUCUCGUACAGUGAUGAUAUCAUGCGUCUCCCCAAACUCUGGAUCGUGCGAACAUACCUUGAACACGUUAAGAUAUGCCGACAGAGUAAAGAGCUUGUCGAAAGGAAACAACUCCAAAAAGGAUGUUUUCUCAUCAAUCUCAAAUCUGAAGGAGUUGAUGGUGCAACCCUUGUCGUCAUUCACGCCACCAGCAUCAAGUUUUCAAGAUGAUACAGGUGAUUCCUGGCCCGAACAAACUGAUAGGGAAGAAUAUGAUGAAGAUUUCCAUGAGCCAGAGAAACCAUCACAGAAGAAUGCAAAAGCCGAAUCAUAUAGCUUCUCCAGUUCAGAUGAUAAAUUGAAGAGAGCCAACGGCCAAUCAAAAUGGAUGGAACCUCCUAAAGCAGAAACAAAACGUGCAAAUUCCGAUGAUGAUUUGACGGCCCUGUUGAAGGAAGAGGAAGACCUUGUCAAUGCUCACAGGAGGCAAGUGGAGGAGACUAUGAAUAUUGUUCGUGAGGAGAUGAAUCUAUUAGUUGAGGCAGAUCAACCGAGCAAUCAGGUAGAUGAUUACAUCUCCAGACUCAACUCCAUCCUAUCUAAGAAGGCUGCUGCUAUUUUAGAGUUACAGAAUCGCUUGUCUCAUUUUCAAAAACGCUUGAAGGAACAGAAUGUCCUCGUUUCUUCGGCCUACUAAGGGCAUGCAUCUACCAUUGUAACUACAACAUUUCUGUAUAUAUGUUUUAAGUAUAACACGAUCUUUGCAUGUAAUUCUUAAUCCAUUUAUCUUUCAAAA